AUGGCUCAUCCAUCGGGGGAUACGCCUUUAAUCGAUCCAAAUAAUUCUUCAGAAUUCUCAAAAACAGUAGGCGACUCUCCACCUUCAUUCCCAAAUACACGAUGGAUGAAUUCAACAACAGAUCUUUCACGUAAUCCAGGAAUAUUCGAUGAUGUUUUUAAAAAAAUCAAAGACUUAAUGCCACCAGCAUUUGAAGGUGCAAAAUUAUCAGUUACUAAAAUGCUUAGUAGUCAUUUUCAAGUAAGUCAUUCAAUGACAUUAAAUUCUGGUUCAAAUUGUGGAUAUAAAUUUGGUGGAAAUUAUGUUGGUACACAACUUUAUUCACAAUCGGAAGUUUUUCCUGUUAUUUUGGGUGAUAUGGACGCAAAUGGAAAUUCUAAUGCACAAAUAAUACAUCAAUGGAGUGAUAAAAUUCGAACACGUUUAUUAGCUCAAGUACAAUCUUAUAAAAUGGCUGGUUAUCAAUUCGCAAUGGAUUAUCGAACACAAUAUACAUCAACAACAAUUACAUUAGCAAAUGUUGAUUUAAUUACAAAUUCAGGAAUUUGUGUUUUACAACAUUUGGCACGUGUCACAAAAAAUUUAGAUAUUGGUGCUGAACUUCUUUAUCAAGCUAAUCCAAUGAUACCUGGAAAACAUAUUGGUAUUACAAGUUUUGUUACUCGAUAUCGAGGUCUUGAUUGGUUUACUGGACUUAAAUUAAGUCCAGCUGGUGUUCUUAAUAUUGGUUAUUUUCAUCAAAAAUCGAACAGUCCACUACAGUUAGGUGUUGAAUUUGAAGCAUCUUUGGCUGCCAAAGAAACAUCAGCAACAUUUUCAUAUCAAUAUGAUUUAAUUAAAGCAAAUACAACUUUCAGAGGUAUGAUUGAUACUAACGGACUAGUUACCGCUGUUAUUGAAAAACGUCUUCUACCAUUACCAUUUACAUUCAUGUUAAGUAGUUCAUUAAAUCAUGCCAAAGCAGCUUAUCGUUUUGGUAUUGGUUUACUUAUUGGAUGA